CGUGUCAUACACGACAGCAACAAUCAAAAAUUUCAACCACAAAACAAUAAACUUUUCAUUAUAAUAAUUUAAAAUAUUAUGAGAAGAUCCCGGAAUAUUUGACAAGAUAAAAUGAAUACGGAACCAGAUUUUGUCGAGGGUUCAUACAAAACACUACAGAACCAUAUAGAGAAAUUGACAGAGAACCAGAAAAACAUUAUAGCGAAAUUUGAUAAUUUGUCAAAGAAUGUUGAAGAUUUUAAAAAAGUUUUGAGUCAGUUUUCUGAUAAAAUUGUUGCCUUUGAAGAUGUGAGUAAGGAUAAGAAGAAACUGAAGGCGGAAAUCAAGGUUUUGAAGAACAGGAUAGAUGAACUGUACGCUAUAGUGAAGGAAGGGAAGGAAGACAACACUUCCUGCCCUAGUGAUGUGCAAGAUGUUGAGUCUUGCCAUUCGGGUUUUUCUUGUUCAUCUAAGGUGACGAUGACCACUGGCAUCGACCGCGACACGAUACGGUCCGCGUACGAAGACGUCAGGUCAGACGCCACUCCCACUGAAUGGGCGGUGUUCAAAUUCGAGGGCGCGCGCAUCGUGUGUUCGGCGCGCGGCAGCGACUUCACAGAGUUCCGUACACAGUUCGCGGACGACGAGCGUGCCUUUGGAUACCUCAGGUUGCAAAUGGGCGAUGAGAUGUCCAAACGCCGGAAGUUCCUGUUCGUGACGUGGGUGGGGCCCAACGUGUCCGUCAUCAACCGCGCCAAGAUGUCCACCGACAAGGCCAUAAUCAAGGAUAUCAUCUCCAACUUUGCGGUGGAACUUCAACUGGAAAGCCAAGCUGAAAUAGACAUCGAUCAGUUCAAGGACACCCUGAACAGGGCAGGGGGAGCGAACUACGGAACUGGCAUCCGAGAUUUAUGAAUUGCACAAUGUUACAACAAAUAUUCUUACCACAAGCUACCGAGAUUAGCCUCUACUUCAAUGAAAAUUUAAAAAAACAGUAUGCAUUUUACGGUGGUAAGAAAUCAUUUUACAAGACUGGACCAUCAUUGGGUCGACGGUUUUUCUAAAAUAUUAAUUAUUAGUAUGUAUCUAAUAUUUUUUUACGAUUGAACAUUGUAAUUAGUCAUUUCGUAACAAUUUUAGUCUUAUUUUUGUCAUGUUAAAGAUCUAUUUAUUUUUUUAAUUAACGAAAUUGAUACCCACUCGGUGAAAUUUAUUUUGUACUGUAAGGACUUUUUCAUUUAUAAAGGCAUUGUGCAAUUACUUCUUUGGUACCGUAAUUUAAGGGUUUUGCCAAAAAUUUUAGCAAAUGUUGCCAUGUAGAAGGCGCGUUAAGUGCAUUUAUUUUUGUCAACAUGUAUUUUAUGACCAUGUCGAAAUUUUACGACGUAUUUGUAUACAAAAUUUGGAUUUUAUGGGCUUUUAUACAUUGAAUAGUUAUAAUUAUUACGCAGCAUAUUAUUAUUAUCGAUAAACCAACUGAAAUUAAAUUAACCAACAA